CUCCAGCAGAGGCAGUGUGAUGGAUGCUGGCAGCCGAAGGCAGGGUGCAGGACCCCCAGAUGGUGGCUGGGGUUGGGUGGUGCUGGGCGCCUGCUUCAUGGUCACGGGCUUCGCCUACGGAUUCCCCAAGGCUGUGAGCGUUUUCUUCAAAGAACUCAAGCAAGACUUUGGUGCUGGCUACAGUGACACAGCCUGGGUCUCCUCCAUCAUGCUGGCUAUUUUAUAUGGCACGGGCCCUGUGUCUAGCAUCCUCGUGGCUCGCUUUGGCUGUCGCCGGGUGAUGCUGGCCGGUGGGCUGCUGGCUUCGGCAGGCAUGAUCCUGGCUUCCUUUGCCACGCGCCUCCUGGAGCUGUACCUGACGGCUGGGGUGCUCACAGGCCUGGGCCUGGCCCUCAACUUCCAGCCGUCGCUCAUCAUGCUGGGGCCCUACUUCGAGCGGCGGCGGCCCGUGGCCAACGGGCUGGCUGUGGCCAGCAGCCCCGUGUUCCUGUCCAUGCUGUCGCCGCUCGGCCAGCUCCUGCUGGAGCGCUUCAGCUGGCGCGGGGGCUUCCUGCUGCUCGGUGGCCUUUUGCUGCACUGCUGCGCCUGCGGGGCGGUCAUGCGGCCACCGGGGCCCGCGCCACCAGCGCACUACGACCCCGCACCCGCUCGCGGCCGGACCCGCCUCCUGCUGGACGUGGCGGUGUGCACAGACCGCACCUUCGCCGUGUACGUGGUCACUAAGUUCUUCAUGGCACUCGGGCGCUUCGUGCCUGCCAUCCUGCUGGUGAACUACGCCAAGGAUACGGGCGUGCCCGACGCCGAGGCCGCCUUCCUGCUGUCCAUCAUGGGCUUCGUGGACAUCGUGGCGCGGCCGGCCUGCGGAGCCCUGGCGGGCCUGGCGCGCCUGCGACCCCACGUCCCCUACCUAUUCAGCCUGGCCCUGCUGGCCAACGGGCUCACGGACCUAAGCAGCGCGCGCGCGCGCUCGCGCUCCUACAGCGCCCCGGUCGCUUUCUGCAUCGCCUUUGGCCUCUCGUAAGGCAUGGUGGGCGCGCUGCAGUUCGAGGUGCUGAUGGCGACCGUGGGUGCGCCCCGCUUCCCCAGUACACUGGGCCUAGUGCUGCUCGUGGAGGCUGUGGCUGUGCUCAUAGGACCGCCCUCCGCCGGCCGCCUGGUGGACGCCCUGAAGAACUAUGAGAUCAUUUUCUACCUGGUGGGCUCAGAGAUGGCCCUGGCUGGGAUCUUCAUGGCAGUUGCCACCUACUGCUGUCUGCACCACUCCAAGGACACUCCAUCAGGCCCAGCCGCUGAGGGUGGGACCAGUGACACUGAGGAUGCAGAAGCAGAAGGGGACCCUGAGCCAAUACCUGCCAUCACUGAGGAGCCUGGCAGCCUUGCGGCCCUGGAGGUGCUGGGACCCCGGGCUGGGUCCCCAGAACCAGAGCCUGAGGUGGAGGCAGAGCCUGGGCUGGGCCAAGAGUCUGUGUAGCACACUAGGAUGGUGGCCAGUGGGCGUUAAAACCAUGGCUUACCCUCUCAGAGGGCCUGGGACACAGGGAGGCAGGCUGGGGUGGUCCAGUUGGAGUUGGACCCUGGGGUACCCCAGGAUACCCUUCCAAUCUGCCAGGCCCUGUCCCCUUGCCAGCAAAGCUGCUGUGAACUGACAACAGCACAAGUCUGAUAAAGCUCAGCUGAAAGAUAGACUCUGCUCCUGUGCCUCUACCAGG